AUGAAUCCAAACAACAUUUGCAUGAAGAAUGGAAAAUGCAAAAAUCAUUAUCCCAAAAUUUUUGAACCUAUAACAAGAUCUUCCAAAGACUCAUACCCAAUAUACAAGCGUCGUGCUGAUGGUAAUCAAGUGAAAAUCAUAGGGCAAAUUUUGGAUAACCGUUGGGUAGUUCCGUACAAUCCAUAUCUUCUUGCCAAAUAUGAUUGCCACAUUAAUAUGGAAAUUUGUUCAACAAUCAAAGCUGUCAAAUAUUUGUACAAGUAUAUUUACAAAGGCCAUGAUAAAAUUGCAUUCCAUAUUGUUCAAGAAAAUCAAUCAGAAAUCAUAGAUGAAAUCCAACAAUUUCAGUCGGCAAGAUGGAUUUCACCUCCAGAGGCAAUGUGGAGAAUUUAUGCAUUCUCUUUGAAUGACAUAUACCCAUCAGUAAUCCAUCUUCAAAUCCACCUUGAGCACCAACAAUUUGUUACUUUCAAUCCUUCAGAUGACCUAAAUUCUGUCUUAAAUGAUCCCAUCCGUUCGAAAACAAUGUUAACUGAAUUCUUUUAG